AUGGAGACAACAGACCCCUUCCUCCAAGUCCAAGCGGACGUCAUCUCGACCCUCCAGUCCAGUCGACCACUAUUCUCCUCGUACCUCCGCAUCCGCUCGCUCGCAAAAUCACCAACCAACCCCGAACUCAAACAAGCCCGGUCAGAGCUCGAAAGCACCCUCACAGAACUAACCGCCGACCUCGAUGACCUGGUCGAGUCCGUCCGCGCAAUCGAGCAAGACCCCUACCGGUUCGGCCUCGAGCUAGACGAAGUCCAGCGGCGGCGCAAACUAGUCGAGGAUGUGGGCGCCGAAAUCGAACAGAUGCACACCGAGCUGGCGCAGGCUGUGUCCGCGGCACCGGCAGAGAUGCCCAAUCCGACCGAGUUCGAGGCCGCACUGGACGAGGAAGAGGGCGGUGGCCGCGGCGGGGAGGAUUACUAUGCGUCGCUGGAGCAGCAGCGGCAGUCGGAGAUUAUGCAUGAACAGGAUGAGCAGCUGGAUGGGGUGUUUCGGACCGUUGGGAACUUGAGGCAGCAGGCGAGUGAUAUGGGGCGGGAAUUAGAAGAUCAGGCUGUUAUGAUCGACGAGGUCGAUACACUUGCGGAUCGAGUGGGAGGAAAGUUGAGUAAUGGGAUGGCGCGGAUUCGGCAUAUCGUGCGCAAGAAUGAGGGUAAGGAACAUUCUCACGCUCACGCUCACACUCAGACGUACGCUGUCUACAACGCCUGUUACGGUCAUGCUAGUGGCCUACGCUGGGUAGUGCGGCAGUGUUGCGGUAACAAAGGGGAAUCACAAAUUCAGAAGCUAACUUUUUCAUCUCCUCUCCCUUAG